UGACCACCAGGGGGCACCAAAACCCCACAGGAGUCAAGCCGGUCUCUUCUCUUCUCUUCCUCCUCCCCUCGCAUUCGCUUCGCCUGUUGCCCUCUCCAUCUCCCAAAUCCCUCCUAGCUAAGCUAGGGUUUUACUUUCCCCUCCGCCAAGCUUUUACCCGCCACCAUGACCGCCGCCGAGCUGCAGGCGGAGCUGCUCCGCGCCCAGCUCGAGGAGCACAACAUCGAGGGAGAUGAGCCUAUCGUUGAGGACGAUGAUGACAACGAUGAGGAUGAGGAUGAAAAAGAUGACGAUGACGUUGCGGGAGUUGAUGCUACUGGAAGAUCUAGGCAGAGUAGGAGUGAGAAGAAGAGCAGGAAAGCCAUGGAGAAGCUUGGCAUGGAUUUAUGAAUGGAUGGUUGCCAAGUUUUUGUCAUAAUAAUACCUUUUUGUCAACCCUAAAUUGUGUUUCUACCAAUGUUCUAACUUAAUGGGUAACAAAAUUUCAACCAAAUUUCUGGCUAGCAGUGUUUGGUCCGACGGAUUCGUGCAAAUUCGUUGUUUUUCCUUUUCAGUUUUGACGCUGAGUUGUGAUUGUAUUAUUCGUAAAAAGAAAGAAUUGUGCUGGUUGCCUA